CUCCCACCUCUUUGAGGCCAGCUUCGACUCAUGACACCCUCCGUGUCACCACACCCUUUCUAAUCCUCCCACUCUCGUCCACACAAAACCCCCCACAAUUCCCUAAAAUCCAUUUCCUAACAUCAUAGGAGUUUUUCAGCAUGCGGUGGCGGCUGCCUGGCGCCCAGUCGACCCUUCCUUCCAGUGUCGCACUUCUCCUGCUUCCAGUUCUUGUUACUCCGCAGCAGUGGCAACAACAACGACAUCCUCAACAGCAAUAUGACCUUCCUUCCACCGUUUCCGUCCUGCAACAAUCCCACGGACCCCCAGCGGGAAACAAUCCUUCAUACGUCUCGGAUGUGAAGUCCAACGAUGUGAGCGCCCUUGCAACCAUGGCUCUGGCGGGCUCUAGCCGCGCCGUUCGAGCCCCUCCUGCCCAAGUCAGCAGCAGCUCUUCCGCUGGUCUGGCUCCGCAGCUUCACGCGCGGUCUUUGCAGGACUGGAAGGUUGAGGACUUUGUCCUUCUGGCGACCGUCGACGGUUCCAUUCACGCUCGUGACCGCAAAACCGGUGCGGCUCGCUGGGCCUUGGAAGUCCCUAGCAGUCCUACCGUCGAAAGUAUCUACCACCGAUCCAACCGCUCGAGCUUCGAUCGGCAACAACCGGAGGAUGAUUUUAUCUGGAUAGUGGAGCCGAGUCAGGGCGGUAGCCUCUACAUCUACAGUCCUGGCCCGGAUGCAGGAUUACAAAAACUCGGGUUGACGGUGAAGGAACUUGUCGAUGAGACACCUUAUUCUGGGGAUGACCCCGCCGUUACGUACACGGCACGGAAGGAGACGACUCUGUAUACCAUCGAUGCACGAUCGGGGACUAUUCUCCGGGUGUUCAGCUCCCGCGGCCCUGUCUCAUCGGGCCAGGAAUGUCGAAAGGUCGAUGGUCUGGAUAGGGAUGCAGAGGAGUGCGAGACUCCUUCUGGCACCUUGGUGCUCGGUCGCAUAGAUUACACGGUAGCGAUACAAAACACAGAGACGGGAGAUCCCAUUUGCACGCUAAAAUACUCUGAGUGGGCGGCCAACAAUCGUGACAUUGACCUCCAGAGUCAAUAUGUGAACACAAUGGACCAAAGCUUCAUCUACAGCAUGCAUGAUGGCGUGGUCUUGGGAUUCGACCAUUCUGAGAUGGAUCGCCCACGCUACACUCAACGUUUCUCGAGCCCCGUCAUCCGGGUCUUCGACGUGGCUCGCCCGGUUGGCAGUGACUCGCCUGAUCAGCCCACGCCGCUAGUCCUUCUCUCGCAACCUUCACAACCCCCUGAUCCUGACUAUGGAUCGAUCGAUGAUCGCGAUUCACGCGUCUUUAUCGAUUGCACAGAGGCUGGUGGCUGGUAUGCGAUGUCAGAGGAGAGUUACCCCCUCGUGACCGGGAGAGCCAAGAUGGCACAAUGUUACAAGAAAGACUAUCUCCGUCAUGGGCAGCCGUUGACGAGUUUGACCACAAGUCAACAGCAGGAUGCCUUAGCCGGAGUACACUCCCUCCAUGCCCCUCGUGUCAUUCGCCGCCACAUCCCAAGCAUCUCGGGGCCUUCGUCCGCAGACUUCUCCAAUGAUACCCCUCCUCGAGGGGUCGUCCAAAGUUCGUCCGAACUAGCCUUGCCGCCUGCUCUUCGACACAGUACCAUCAUCCGUAAGGGCUGGGAUAAUGUAGUCGACAUCUUCGUCACGCUUCUAUUGCUGUUCUUCGGCACCUUCAUCUGGUUCAAUUCGCAUCAUAUCCAGGAACUGGCCAAACAGAAGUUGGACUUGAAAAACAUCAUUGUGUCAUACGGGCAGCCAUCACUGUCGACGCCGUCGACCCCAGUCAUCGAUGGUCCUCAUAUCAAGCGAGAGGUUGACGAAACCCGGUCAGCACCAGAGGUCAUGGUUGACGUGAGCGUUUCUGAGGAGCAACAGUCCGCCGGUGAUAUGACCCCCAAGCCUAAGAAAACCGUCAACACCCUGGCGCCUGAUACGACUCCUCGAGUUCGCAUUCGAGAGCCAUCUCAAGGACCCGACGCUGAUGAUGACGUGGACGACUUCAACCUUCAGGAAUCUGAAAAGGGCGACGGAGAGAAGCCGAAGAAGAAAGCUCGCCGUGGACGCCGUGGCGGGAAGAAUCACAGACGUGGCAAAAAGCCCACUGAAGGCGAGUCCAAUGAGCAGGCAGAUCGCGUCGUGGAAGAAGUGAACAACCUCCAACCCCAGUCACGCCUGGAACCUGACAUUCAACUGACUCGGACUGUGUCGAACGAGAUUGUUCAAGUGGGUGGUGUACUCCAGAUUGGGCGUCUCAAAGUCUUCACCGAGGUGGUGCUAGGACAUGGAAGCCACGGCACUGUCGUUUACCGCGGGUCAUUUGAUGGCCGAGACGUAGCUGUGAAGCGCAUGUUGGUCGAAUUCUACGACAUUGCAUCGCACGAAGUCAGCCUGCUGCAGGAGAGUGAUGACCACGGGAAUGUCAUUCGGUAUUACUGUCGGGAACAGGCUGCUGGGUUUCUCUACAUUGCGCUGGAGCUCUGCCCAGCCUCGCUGCAGGACGUUGUCGAACGUCCGGGCGACUUUCCCCAGUUGGUUCAAGGUGGCAUGGACAUGCCCGACGUUUUGCGCCAGAUCAUUGCGGGUGUCCGGUACCUUCAUUCUCUCAAGAUUGUUCAUCGGGAUUUGAAACCGCAAAACAUCUUGGUCGCGAUGCCUCGCGGUCGCACGGGCUUGAGCUCGCUGCGGCUGCUUAUCUCUGAUUUUGGCUUGUGUAAGAAAUUGGAAGAUAACCAAAGCUCAUUCCGCGCGACUACGGCACAUGCGGCAGGUACCUCUGGCUGGCGAGCGCCGGAGCUGUUGAUGGAUGAGGACAUGACCCCGGCCAUGAUGAGCACCGAGUCUCAGCACACCGAAUCUUCCGAGCCCGCUGUAGUCGAUCCUCAAACGAACCGUCGAGCGACUCGGGCUAUCGACAUCUUCUCCUUGGGCUGCGUCUUCUAUUAUGUGCUGACCAGGGGCUGCCAUCCGUUCGACAAGAAUGGAAAAUUCAUGCGGGAGGCCAAUAUUGUCAAAGGCAAUCACAAUCUGGAUGAGCUUCAGCGGUUAGGGGAAUAUGCCUUCGAGGCAGAAGACCUGAUCCAAUCGAUGUUAGCCCUGGACCCACGCAAACGACCCGACGCGAGCGCCGUUCUGACUCAUCCGUUCUUCUGGCCUCCCUCCGACCGCCUCAGCUUCCUGUGCGACGUCUCGGAUCAUUUCGAGUUCGAGCCACGUGACCCUCCGUCGGAUGCCCUUCUUUGUUUGGAGUCCGUUGCCUCGCGUGUGAUGGGUCCAGACAUGGACUUCCUUCGCUUGUUACCCCGCGAUUUCAAGGAAAACCUCGGCAAGCAGCGUAAAUACACUGGAUCCAAGGUUCUCGAUCUUCUGCGGGCCCUGCGCAACAAGCGCAACCACUACAACGACAUGCCUGAACACCUCAAGGCGCACAUUGGUGGGCUACCGGAAGGCUAUCUAAACUUCUGGACUGUGCGAUUCCCCAGUCUACUGAUGAGCUGCCACUCGGUUAUUGUGGAGCUGAAGUUGACUCGCAUUGACCGGUUCAAGCGUUACUUCACCCCUGUGGAGUAGAAGUGCAGCUUUGUGCAUAUGGAGACGAAAGCUUCGGGUACAUAUUUCGGAAAUAGUUGACUAAAAGCAUUUGGAAUAUAUUUCUCGUGAUUUGGACAGUUUUGAUCACUUACGGCGCGUUGCAACGCCUUUUGUGGGAGCGCGUUGGACCCCGUAAACUGUUUGCAUCGAGUUUUUGUCGAAGAAAUUGCUAUUGUAGUAGUGCAGAUUGGGAAGAAAGCUGACUCCCGCCAGAUUGCUGUCCCAUGCCAAAGAGAGCGG